AACCUCUCUCUCUCUCUCUCUCUCUCUCUCUCUCUCUCUCUCUCACACACACACACACACAAAAUCAAACUCGAUGGAGAUGAAGAGGAGGGCAAACUGGACCCGUCUUCCUUUGUUCUCUCAGGGUGGGUGGUAGGAGACACUGUUUAAUCUCUAUAUUCCUUGAUCCUCAAGUUCCAGAUUUCCAGCAGGAUUUGCGAAAUUUUAAAUACUUGAAUUGGUGUUUAGGGUGAGGGAUCAUGUGUUUACAUGUGAAACCUAAUGGAAACUAGAGAGAGAAACUCCAUUAAUUAUCAUAUUCCACCUCAAUCCACUCAAGAAUCAUCUUCUACCUCAAACACAAAAAGAAAUGAAACCCCAAAUCAUCUUCAUCGGGGAGACCAGUAUCGCGGAUUCAGGAUACAUAAAGAACAACCGGAAGCUGCAGAAACACCCGGAAGGAAUUCAAACUCGGAUCCGGAUCCAAAUCUUUCUGGACUGGUCUCUCAAGCUCCCUCGCAGCCACUACCACUAGCACCACCACCUUCAACAACCUCUAUAGCGCCGGUUGCAGUGGUGGUGGUCCGGUAUCGUGGAUGCUUAAGGAACCAUGCUGCCAAUAUGGGCGCUCAUGUUCUCGAUGGGUGUGGAGAGUUUAUGCCUAGCGGAGAAGAUGGCACGCCAGAAGCAUUAAAAUGUGCCGCCUGUGAAUGCCACCGGAGUUUCCACCGGAGAGAGGUAGAAGGUGAGACUACUUCUCAAAUACCUUUGACACAUAAUCAACCACCUCCGGCAGCUGCUGUACAUCUUCCUCCCGCACCAUCAUCUCAGCAGCGGCACCACCGGUAUUAUCACCACCCAAUGCCGCCUAUUAUGAUGGCAUUUGGUGGGGCUGGCGGCGCACCGGCGGAAUCAUCUAGUGAAGAUCUUAAUGUAUUCAGAACAAGUUCCGGAGUGCAAUUAAUGGCGCAAACUUCAAAGAAAAGGUUUCGAACAAAAUUCACACAGGAACAGAAGGAGAAGAUGCAAGAUUUUGCAGACAGAAUAGGGUGGAAGAUCCAGAAGCAAGAUGAACAGGAGCUUGUACAAUUCUGCCACGAUGUUGGUCUGAAAAGACAAGUGUUUAAAGUAUGGAUGCACAACAACAAACAAGCCACAAAGAAGAAAGAGAUGUAAGAAUAAUAGAAAUUAUAUUGCAUAGAUUCUUUCACUUUGGAAAAUAUUCUUAUUUUCUAGACUAGUCUAAUGCAUAUUAAAUGUAGUACAAGUUUCACAUUAUAAUUCCCAUCUAUUUCUAUUACCAGAUUUUGAUCA